AUGUUUAACGCCUCGUCGAGAUGCCAAAACGGUUUAUCAAUAAACGACACAUUACUCAUUGAUCCGAAAUUACAGCAAGACCUAUUCGCCAUUCUGCUUAGAUUUCGCGCCAAGCCGGUAGCUCUGACCGCGGAUGUGAAGCAAAUGUUUCGUCAAAUAUGGGUAAAUUCGGAGCAAUGCGACUACCAACUUGUCUGGCGUUUCUCGGAGUCGGAUCCUGUUCUUGAUUACCUCCUCAAGACGGUUACGUUUGGCUUCACUUCCUCUCCGUUCUUAGCGAUCUACUGCUUGCUCCAGCUAGCUCUCAAGUACCGUGAAAAAUAUCCUCUGGCUUUCGCUGCCUUGUUCGAGGCGCUGUAUGUGGAUGACAUCGUGAUUAGUGUUUGUACGGUGGAACAGGCUCGCGCGCAUUGA